AUGACCCAACCGGAGCAACCCGCGCAGCAGCUUCCGCCGAUUGCGCCGCAACCGACCCAGGAGCAGCGCCCCCAGGCGCAACAGAGGCCGUCCCUAAGACCCAGAUCGAGGUCUGGCUUCAGCUUCCGGAGUCACAAGUCGCAGGACAGCUAUGGAAGUACGCCAAAGGUUGAGAUACAGGAGACGCCGCGCGAGAAGGCUGCGCGCAGGUUGAGUACGAAGGCAGACCCUCGUUUGGCCAUGUCCGAGGCCCAGCCAUCUGAUAUUGCCAAUGACCAUUCGACACGUUUGGCGUCACUGCGUGCGAUUCAACAUAGAGAUACAUAUGGCCUUCCGAUCGCCGACCCAGAUCGCUCAAAUCCUACACGAAGCAGGUGGGAGAGGCCGCUCGAUACAAUUAGAUCCUUUGAGGCAGCUAUAGAUGGCAAUUAUGCCCGGAAAUCAGGACGUUAUGAUGGGGCGAUAGAAUCUCGCCGCUCAAGUUACUACGGAGGAACCAUCAAGGCAAUGGUUAUGGCGGACGAGGCCAGUCUUACCGGAACGAUGGGUAUGCAAAUGGCAAUGGGUCCAGGCCCGACAGCUAUUACUACGACAACAAUAACACCGGCCCUGAACACCAUGGCUGGUGUCUACCCGCCAAAUGGCAACGCGCAAUCAUAUGAGACGGUAACCACAGCUGCCGGAAGCGGCAGUUCUGCGGAGCCCCUUGGAUACAGCACCGAUCCAAGCAGUGACAACAGCUCAUUUGACAGAGUCGCCCCGAUCUCAAAGGCUGACUACGGUAACAACUCUCCGUCAAACGGACAGUAUGGUUAUCAAAGCAACCAGCAGCAAUACCCCGUAGGAGGCGUCCAGCAGGGCCAUCAGGCAGCCGGAUACCCAUCUCAGAAAAACGGCCCCCUGCCGCCGGUCAAGGACAGAGAACCCCCGCGCGUCCCAAUCAAACUGGGUAAAUCCGCCCCAGGGGCACCGACGCAGCAAUACGAUCCCCCCAAGGCCGCGCCGGACAAGCCCAAGAGCUGGUUCUCGAAGCGAUUUAGCAAAUCCUAG